AUGGCCAGCUUCGGCGUCGACACCCGCCCGGCCGCUGCGGCCUCGGGACGGGGCGGCGGCGGUGGGGCGGGGACGGGGACGGGGGAGGGCGCUCUGUCCUUCCUCUCCCGCGGCCUGCGUGAGGACCUCCGCCUCAUCCGCGCGCGGGCCGGGGAGCUCGAGACCUUCCUCAACGCGCCGGUCCCGGAGCCCGAGCUGUUCGCGCGGCUCCGGCGGGCCUACUCCUCCUCGGCCUCCUCGUCGCGGACGCGGCUGGACCUGUCCGCGAUCGGGAAGGCGUUCGAGGCCGAGUCGUGGAGGGGCACGAGGGGGUCCGUCAGUUGGAGGUGGGAGGAGGAGGCCGAGGAGUGGGAGCUCGUGCGGAUGGUCAAGGCGCGCCUCAGGGAGCUCGAGCGGAGGAGGCAGGGACAGACAGCUAGUGACAUGCUGCACAAAUUCAAGCUCAGCUUGAAAUCAAUGAGCUUUGCGCCUGAAGCAUCUGAGGAUGUUCCACCACUGGAUUUAGGAGAACUUUUUGCCUAUUUUCUAAAGCAAUCUGUACCACUGUUUGACCAACUUGGUAUAAAAAGAGAUUUAUGCGACAAGUUGGUGGAGUCUUUAUGCAGCAAGCGCAAGGACGCAUACAAUUUUCUGUCAGCAUGUGAGCCUUCUUCAUUGAGAAAUGACAAUGUUGGGGAUGAACUCGACCUAAGAAUAGCUAGUGUCCUACAAAGUACAGGAUACCAUGAUGAUGGUGGAUUUUGGCUUGAUAGGAAAUCUAGCCUAUCUGACAAGAGACAUGUUGCCAUAGUCACUACUGCCAGUCUUCCCUGGAUGACUGGGACGGCUGUGAAUCCUUUGUUUCGAGCGGCAUACUUGGCUAAAUCUUCCAAGCAAAAUGUAACCUUGGUAGUGCCCUGGCUUUGCAAGUCAGAUCAAGAACUUGUCUAUCCCAAUAGCAUGACUUUUAAUUCUCCAGAAGAACAAGAAAACUAUAUGAGGAAUUGGCUGGAGGAAAGAGUUGGUUUCAAGACAGACUUCAAAAUAUCGUUUUACCCUGGAAAGUUUCAGAAAGAAAGGAGAAGUAUAAUUCCUGCUGGGGACACUUCACAGUUUAUACCAUCAAAGGAAGCUGACAUUGCAAUCUUGGAAGAGCCCGAGCACCUCAACUGGUAUCAUCAUGGGAAACGAUGGACAGACAAAUUCAAUCAUGUCGUCGGUGUCGUACAUACAAAUUAUUUGGAGUACAUCAAGAGGGAGAAGAAUGGUGCUAUUCAGGCCUUUUUUGUUAAGCACAUCAACAACCUGGUUGCCAGAGCUUAUUGCCACAAGAUUUUGCGGCUGUCAGGUGCUACUCAAGAUCUGCCCAAGUCAAUGAUCUGCAAUGUGCAUGGUGUUAACCCCAAGUUUCUGGAGGUCGGAGAGAGAAUAGCAGCACAGCGGGAGUCUGGCCAGGAAUCUUUCUCGAAAGGAGCUUAUUUUCUAGGUAAGAUGGUCUGGGCCAAGGGUUACAGAGAAUUGAUCGAUUUGUUUGCCAAGCACAAGAGCGAUUUGGAAGGCUUCAAGUUGGACAUCUACGGAAAUGGUGAAGACUCGCACGAAGUGCAAUCGGCCGCCAGGAAGUUGAAUCUGAACCUGAACUUUCAUAAAGGCCGGGACCAUGCAGAUGAUUCGCUUCACGGGUACAAGGUCUUCAUAAACCCAAGCAUCAGCGACGUCCUGUGCACCGCGACGGCGGAGGCGCUGGCGAUGGGCAAGUUCGUGGUGUGCGCGGACCACCCCUCCAACGACUUCUUCCGCUCCUUCCCGAACUGCCUGACCUACAAGACCUCGGAGGACUUCGUGGCCAGGGUGAAGGAGGCCAUGACGCGCGACCCGCAGCCCCUGACACCCGAGCAGCGGUACGACCUGUCGUGGGAGGCCGCCACCCAGCGGUUCAUGGAGCACUCAGAGCUCGACAGGUUCCUGAACAGCAGCAACAGCGACUGCAGCAGCAGCAGCAGCACCGAGCGCGACGGCAACAGCGCGGGCAGGAGGAUGAGGAAGUCUGCCUCGGUGCCCAACAUGUCAGAGGUGGUGGAAGGCGGCCUGGCGUUCGCGCACUACUGCUUGACGGGCAGCGAGCUCUUCCGGCUGUCGACGGGCGCCGUCCCCGGAACCCGCGACUACAGCAAGCAGCACAGCUUGGACCUCCGCCUUCUGCCGCCCCAGGUGCAGAACCCCAUAUACGGCUGGUAAUCGAGGUAAACUGCCCGCUGUCAAUUACUCCGGAGUAGUAAGUAGCAGUACAUAGAGGUAUACAUAGCACCGCAGUCUGUAACACUAGCGGUGGUUUUGCUCUUCUUCCGGCUGGCAGCCUCGGCCUGAUGCUGAAAUGCAGGCCUUGUUCAUUAUUACAAACCACUUUGUUUGCUUGAGUAACAGUAGUUCUGGAUAAAGAUUCCAGCAAGGCCCUCGAUCUGUUUUUGAAGUUUUUUUUUA